AUGGUUGAAGGAGGGGAAGGAGAUGUACAUGUCUCUGUUGAUGAGGAACAAGGGACUGAUGAAGAACAGGAAAGUGGAGAUGAACAAGGGACUGAUUCUGAUGAAGAAGAAGGUGAAAAAGAGUCUGAAAAUGGGGUUGAAGAACAAAAUGUUGAUGUGGAGCCGCCAACUGAGAUUGCUAUCAAUGGUUUAGAAGAUUUGGGGAUUGUAAAUUCCAAACAACUAUCUGUCAAUGACAUAGUCACCUAUCACUUUCCGGAUCGUGAGGUUGCUUACUUGUUCUACAGUUGGUAUGCUCGGAUGCAUGGAUUUGCUGCGAGGAAGGCUAAGGUUCUCAAAAACAAUCACGGAGAUGUAAUCCAACAGAGAUUUGUUUGCUUCAGGGAGGGUAAAAGGAAAGAGAAAGUUGAGCCAGAGGUUGAUGGUCAUGCUGGUGAAAAGAGAAAUCGUUUUCCGAAAAAGUCCACAAGAUGUGAUUGUAAGGCUUAUUGUCAGGUCCAUGUUCAUAAGGAUAACAAGCGUUGGCAUGUUAGAUCUGUUUGUGAUGAUCAUAAUCAUACUUCCUCUGCGAUUUUCACCUUCUCCUCUUUGAACUCCGGUGAAUUUCCGUCACCCCGGCCGUCGUCAUUGCGCGGUGCUCUCCCAUAG